CAAGUAUGCAGAACACGAGCAUCUAAACGAGUUCACCAUAUUGCUAAUCUGACAACAGCUUUAACGGUUCUGCGACGAAGAGGUCUUGAACUGGUGAACAACAAUGCCAGUGACAUCGCAGAUGGCAACCCUCGCAUUGUCUUGGGGCUCAUAUGGCAGAUCAUCCUUCAUUUUCAGAUGUACUUCCGUGUACGCCGAGAGUUCAUUGAAUAUCGUAGCCUAUACAAUACUAUUAUGGCUACAAAAUUGAACUAUACUAUUGAAGAGUUAUCCUUAAUCCAAGAGAGAUGGGAAAUUAUACGUAAUAAUCUCGAAGCAACCGCAGUGAACGCAGAAAAACGACUACCUAAGCCGUAUUCUUCACUUUCCGUCUGGACAGCUACCGGUCAAUCAAUUAUCAACACUCCGCUGAAUCUGCCAACGGAAAAUCCACAGAAAUGUCUUGUUAUAUUGCAGAAAAUGAUCUCAGAGCACAAC